ACAACGAAGCAACUCGUCGGGGGGAAGAAGAAGAUAAGAAGAGGAGGUGAAGUCGUCUUUAGGAUUGCUCGAUAGAAUCGAGUAACCAGACGGGGGAAAGCGCUGUCUUAUCUAAUCGAUAAGCCUUCCUCAGUAUUUAGUCACUCUCUCCUCCUCCCCUCUUCUUCUCUCUCUUGUCUAUCUUGUCUAUCUUCUCUCUUCUCUGUCUUCUCUCUCUUCUCAGUUUGAUCAAAGGCAUUCAAUCGCUCCAAGCAGCACCAUGACCACCUAUAUCGCCGGCGAGGAGAUCGACAGGGUCUUCGCCCACACGACCAAUCUAGCCUCGUCAGCACUGAACAGCAAAGUGCUGGCCUGUUCGAACGACUACUUCGCCGCGGCGUCGAACCUGCUCACUCCGACGCCCGCCAUCCACCGCCCCGGCGUGUUCGUCCACACGGGCGCCUGGUACGACGGGUGGGAGACCAGACGACACAACCCAGCCCCGUACGACUGGGUGGUGAUCAAGCUGGGCGUCUCCAGUGGGAAGAUCCAGGGCGUGGAGGUCGACACAGCCUACUUUGUCGGUAACUAUGGCGAGCAGGCAGAGCUGCAGGGCAUCCACGCCCCGGAUCUCACCGAGGAACAGGAAACGGAGCUCUGCAAUCCCGCCUUUACAGGGUGGAAGACCAUUCUCCCCCGCCAGCCGUGCGGGCCUUCGCAGCGUCGGGCGUGGAAACUGCCCCUCGACCACCAAAACAUCCCAUACUCCCAUGUCCGGCUACUGAUGUAUCCGGACGGUGGCUUCGCUCGACUCCGACUAUACGGCCAUGCGAUCCCGCCGGCUCUACCCAUAAACACCAGCACCAGCACCAACAACCCUAUUGAAGAACUCUCCUCCGCCCUGGUGGGCGGGUUAGCCCUCGGAGCCUCGGACCAGCAUUACACCCCCUGCUCGAACCUGUUGCUGCCCGGUCGCGGCAAGGAUAUGGGUGACGGAUGGGAGACCGCGCGGUCACGCACCCCCGGCCACGUCGACUGGGCGAUUGUUAAACUCGGGCUGCCUGGCUCGGUGGCCCGUGUGGUCGUCGACACAAAGGACUUUCGCGGCAAUUUCCCCCGUGCAGUAAGAGUCCACGGCUUGACGGCUACUACUACUACUACUACUACUACUACUACUACUACUACUACUACAGAACCAGACCAUGAUCAUCCUGACUGGGUGGAACUGGUCGACGGAGACCAGCCCUGUCGGGCGGAUACAGAGCACAUCUUUGAGUGUUCUCAGCUGACGGACGACGACAGGGUCUUCACUCAUGUCAAAUUGACUCUGGUGCCGGAUGGGGGGGUGAAACGCUUUCGCAUUUUUGGGAGGAGGGCAGAAUAGAAAGGAUAAAGUAAAGAAUAAAUCUAUUCUUAUGUACAGCUAAUAAAUCCGUACACUGGUAUCCAACAGAACUCGAGGGGAAUAGAACAAAACUCCCAUAAUCCAACAUGAAACAAAGACCUUUUCUUUCAAACA